AUGCCGGGAGUACGAGACGUUAGCGCUGAUCAAUUCAUCGCCGCCUAUGCCUCCCACCUGAAGCGCUCCGGAAAGCUCGAGGUUCCUUCAUGGGUCGACCUUGUCAAAACUGGCUCAUUCAAGGAGCUUGCCCCUUAUGAUCCCGACUGGUACUACAUCCGUGCAGCUGCCGUUGCUCGUCACAUAUACCUCCGCAAGGAUGUUGGCAUCGGUGCUCUUACCAAGCUCCACGGUGGACGAAACAGACGCGGCAACCGACCCUCCCACCAUGCUGAUGCAUCUGCUUCUGUUCAACGGAAAGUCUGCCAAUCGCUGGAGAAAAUCGGCGUGCUAGAGCAAACAGGCAAUGGCGGUCGAAGAAUCUCGCAAGACGGUCAGCGGGACUUGGAUCGAAUUGCCACCGCUGUUAUUGAGGAGGCGAAGGCUAAUGAGGAGGAGGAGGAGGAUGACGAGGAGGAGGAAGAAGAGGAUGACGAGUAA